AAGUAUUGUGUUGUUACCGGAUAGAUGUGAUGGUUGGUGCUCGUUCGCUCCCUCGGAGCUAUUACAGCUAAACCACCACCACCACCACCACCACCACCAUAAUCAUUAUACAAUCAUUACUAAUACCCUACUGUCUGUCUAGAGUCGCUCUGUCUCUCCCAUCUCUCUUUCUCUCUUCCUCUCCCCCUCCUCCUCCUCCUCUCACUCUGGUUCUGUAUCUACUGAGACAUUACGCCGUGUUGACGUCACUACCACCACCACCACCACUAGUCGGCCAGCCAGCCAGCCAGCCAACCUGCCAGCCUGUCUGCCUGCCUGCCUGCCUGCCCUUCUCGGAUUCUUUAUUUUGGAUCUUACCUGCCACCACGACGGGUCCACUGCUCGAUUUCAACCCGCAAUUCGUCACCGCCGGUUUCCUGGUCACUGGCUCUGACGUUGAUCAUGGCGGGGGGGAUUACAUUGAUAGCAGGGAUCGAAUCGCCGGAUCUAACGUUACGCCAACCACCGGUCCAGAGGAAGACGGCACGCCGUGUGAUUCCGGAUUUAUGGAUUCACCACAGCCAGGAAUUACCACUCUACGCUGUAGAAUGUCCCUUAGGUGACCAGCCAAAUGAACAACUUCCAUCUCCAAAAGCUGAUUUGUCAACAAUAUGCGAAGUACUACAAUCCUAUGUACCCCAGUCCCCUAAGGAACUCCAUCUUGAAAAGGGAGAGUUCUUAAAAGUUGUCGAGAAAGACUGCAAUGGGUGGUGCCGAGGGGUGAUGGGCACGGAUAUUGGAUGGUUUCCAGGCAGUUACGUCAAAGAGAUUAGAACAGCGUCUUUGAUCGAAGCAUCUGAGGAAGAGACCGAGAAAGAGACUCCAACCUUACAGAGACUGAAACCUCGAGUCAGUUCAUUUAUGAUCAAGAAACGAGUCAGCAAAGAUAUACAAGACAACUAUUACUUAGAUGACCAACAAAAUCAAAUGUCAAGGUCUCAUUCAGAGCUUACAGAUACGAUUUCUCUCCCUCGAUCUCGAACCUCGACAGCCGGCAGUUCCUCCGUUGGUGAAGGCGAACAUAUACGUUUCCAACAGCGGUCGCCAUCGAUUCUACUGGAUAUUCCUGGAAGACUUCAGAAUGGAUACACAGAUCAAAGAUUGUCCGUUGGUUCAUUGUCACAGAACCAACGAGACAAUAAUAACAAUGCUCAGCGUCGAUUAAGUUCUCGUCGUGUGGAACCGCCAUCUUUGCUGCUCCAAAUUCCAAUCCAAGGCAGGACAACACCUUUGCUACGACCAACGCGACCUGCACCACCUCCGCCACCCAGUCGCAAGCCAAUACGGAGUGUUAGUCCCUCCUCCACAGCCACCUCCCCUUUAACUGAGACAACCCCUAUAACACCGUUAACCCCAACGUUAUUACAGACACCAGCUGAAGAAACUGACGUCAUUGUGACGACAAUAACAUCACCACAAACACCAACGACCACUCAAAUAGCAACAACCGAAGGAGUAGCAGCAGCAGUAUGACAACAGAAGCAGCACCUGUAGUAAUAACAGCAAAUCCAGUAAUAAUUGGAAUUGAUGGAAAAGAAGAUGCAACACAAACAACAGCGAUACCAUCACCGUUACCUUCCCUGGAGCCAAACUUAGAAUCAAAUCAAGAUAAUCAAUUAGAAUUGACAAAUCACGUAUCGACACCUUUAAUUCAAUCUCAAGAAAAUAUUCAACUGCAAUCAAAAAUUGUGAACGAUGUAGCGCCAUCUGGAUCACUAGAAAAUGGCAUCGAACCCCUAACGGAACCACUUCUUCAAGCAGAAACACAAUGUCUACCGCUGUCACACUAUCCGAAUCAACCGCAGACAGAUUCUUGUGAAACAUAAACCACAUCAAAGAUAUCAACCGAAAAGACCUGAAUUACGAGAGAAAACACUUCUGAGGGUACAAAACGGGUGUUAUUUCAUCAUUACUAACGUCUUAGUGAUGAGAACGGAAGUGAGCUCGGUGGCGGGAAACGGUAAAGGAAAGUUUGCCACCGGCUUGACUGAGUCUCGUUUAAAUAACUACUUGGCGGUGGCAAAGGUUUGAAAUUAUUCAAAACGAGUGACAAAAUGAUUGAUAUAAGAGAGCUGUACAAAGAAUUUAUGUCAGACCACCUAAUACUAUGUAUACGUGUAUAUAUAUAUAUAAAUAUAUAUAUAUAUAUAUGCAUAUAUGUGUAUGUGUGAUCGGUUGUGGUUUUUAGUCAAA